AUGACAAAAGAACCAUCGGCCCAGUCUUACGCAAUCCUCGUCCCGUCCGGCCAUCAGCUGAGCGGCUUCAUCCCACGACCUGCACCAUGGCCGCCCUUAUUGCCCGCUCCGUGGCCCGCACCGCCCGCCAGGGGGUUCAGGUGACCUCCAUCAGGUGCGCCAACAAAAUGAUGGCUGACCCCCUGGAACACGCAACAGGACUGGAAAAGCAGGAAAUGCUGGCUAAGGCUGCUGGAAAUGAUAACUUCUUUGACAUGCGUGUGUACAAGCGUGUGAGUGGAGCCAAAGCCAACCCAACUGUUGUCCCCUCCUUCUACGAGAAGAGGCUGGUGGGCUGCAUAUGUGAAGAGGACGCCACCUGCAUCAACUGGAUGUGGCUGGAGAAGGGGGAAACCAAGCGAUGUGAAUGUGGUUACUGGUUCCAGCUGGCUGAUGCCAAGCCUGGAGUUUAACAUGGCCUAAAUUUAUGAACAUCUUCAGUUUAAGAUUUCAUAAAUUUUUCAUAAUUAAGUUGAUUGAUGGUGCCCUUUGUCAUUCCUACCCCUUAUUCUCUUGUACAUAAAACACACUGGUUACUUCAGAUCAUUCAGAUCAUAAGACUCUGAAAUAAUAUAAUUCUGAAGUUGUGAAGUUUGAGCAUCUUGUAUUUAUGUAUGUAGAACUCAAAAUAAAAUCUACAACUAUAAA